UCUGUCUGUUAAUAACAACUGGCGGCGUACUGACUAUUAUCUUCUGAGUAGCCUAUCAUUCGGCGAUUAAUGACCAGGAAGUAAUAGAAACUACUGGUAUCUGUCCCUUCAGGUGUGUUCAGCCUGUAUGACCAUAUCGGGAACACGGAACCCGCACACCUGUAAAGUGACGUCACCCGCCUGAAAGUACCUGCAGCAACUAGUCCAGCUGAAGUCAUUCAGUUACCGAAACUACCUUCAGGACACAGGGCAAAGAAGUCACGACGACGAUUCGUAAAGGAUUAUAGUUUUUAAACUUUGAUUGAUUUCGAUACUGACAGAGGAUUCACGGGCAGAUGGGGACUGCUCGGUUCGCGGUUUUGGGCAUUUUAAUCGCCAUUUUUCAGGCCUCAGCUUCAGGUGCUGUUGAGGAGCCAACAUGUACACCUGGAUUUGAGACAGAUUUGUUGAUUUUCAAAGUGGCCAGAACACUCCUGAGGAAGGGCUUAAGACUGGGCAGAGUGGGCUUCACUGACUGCACUGACCGCAGAUUGUUUCUGUUCAGAAGUGACGAUAGUCGUUUUGCAUUACAGACAGAUGGCAUUUUGUCGGUAAACAGACCUGUAGCUCUUCAUGAAGGACACCUGGACUUUUUCAUCCACUCCUGGGACUCGCAAGGUCGCAAAAUGACUGUUCCAGUCAGGGUACUGCACCAUGGGCACCACCAUGAGCAUCACCAUGGGGACCAUCACAGGGACCACCACCAAAAUGUUGAGCAUCACCAUGGGGACCACAGACACCACCAACAUCAGCACCACCUAACUGAAGUGGACUCAGCUAGUACCACAGAGAGUGCAACGGAGCCACAAGUGCCUGUAAUACACUUUCCCAAGUCUGGUGAUGGGCUGAGGAGGAGGAAAAGAGACUUGGUUAUUCCUGACCUCACUGUUGUUGAGAAUGACAGAGGACCCUAUCCCCUUAAAGUAGUUCAAAUCCGCUCUAAUGAAGAUAAAGUGAAGAAGAUCCAUUACAGCAUCACUGGUCCAGGAGCUGAUCAACCUCCUGUUGGCCUUUUCACCAUGGACAGAGACUCUGGUAUUCUGUAUGUCACACAGCCUCUGGACAGAGAGCAGGUGGCCAAGUACAAUUUUCAAGCUCAUGCUGUGGCAGAAGGUGCAGGAAAUGCUGAGGAGCCCAUGGAUAUAGUAGUGAAUGUAAUAGACCAGAAUGACAACAAACCUGUUUUCACUCAAGAUACCUUCCUGGGAGAAGUUCCUGAGGCCUCACCAAAUGGUUUUGAGGUGAUUACAGUUACGGCCACAGAUGCUGACCAGCCAAAUUCUGACAACUCAGAUAUCCGCUACCGUAUUUUGAGUCAGGAUCCAUUGUUGCCCAGCGACUACCUGUUUGUCAUCAAUCCAGUCACUGGAGUCAUCAGAGUCAAUGCUGGUGGGCUAGACAGAGAGAAAUACCCCAAGUACACUCUGGUGGUACAGGCAGCAGACAUGAUUGGAGAGGGGUUGACUGGAACUUCCAAAGUAAUCCUCACCGUAACGGAUAGCAACGACAACGCUCCAGAAUUCACUCAGCUCUCUUAUGCGGAAACAGUAGCUGAAAAUAAAGUGGACGCUGUGGUCAUUACGAUGUCAGUAACAGAUGGUGAUGAGCCACUCUCCCCAGCCUGGAACGCAAAGUUCAAGAUUAUUGAUGGUGAUCCUGGGGGACUCUUCAACGUGACGACAGGAAGUAACAAACAGGAAGGAAUCAUCACAACUGUCAAGGGUCUUGACUUUGAGAAGACCAGCAUGCACACUCUGUUGGUUGUAGUGGAGAAUGAGGUUCCUUUUGCUACUCCACUGCCCACCUCCACCGCCACGGUGGUGGUGAAUGUGCAGGAUGUCAAUGAAGCUCCAGUCUUUGAUCCAAAACAGAAGAUUGUGUCCAAACGGGAGGACCUCCCCAUUGACAGUGAUGUGGUGCAGUACACCGCUUCAGAUCCUGAUACUGCACGCAAACAGAAAGUCAUGUAUAAAAUAAUCAGUGACCCUGCUGGCUGGCUGAAUGUUGCCAAGGACACGGGUCUGAUCAAAGUGAAGAGCCUCAUGGACAGAGAGUCCCACUUCGUCAAGGACAACAGAUACACAGCUCUCAUUGGAGCCUACGACAGUGAUGACGUCCCAGCCACAGGAACUGGAACUCUGAUCAUUCAGCUUGAAGACGUCAAUGACAACGCACCCACCAUUGAGGAGCGUUUGAUCAAGGUGUGUAACAAAGAGCCGGCUACUCAGCUGCUGACAGUGACAGAUAAAGAUGGACCAGGCUUCGCUGCUCCAUACGCAGUCUUCUUACAAGGCAUGACAAAGACCAACUGGACUGCCAAGAUGAAUGACACCAAAACGGGCAUCCUCCUGAAUUUAAACACUAAGCUGGAAAGUGGGGAAUACACUGCGAUCCUGAGGGUUGCAGACAACCAGGGCCUGGAGCAGGACAACACUAUCCAGGUCAAAGUGUGUGACUGCACUGGAAAAGACUUUGUCUGCCAAGUGCGAAUUGCUGGUGGUCCUGGCCUGCCCAUAAUCCUGGGAAUACUGGGAGGCAUCCUGCUGCUGCUCAUGCUGGUGUUGCUGCUGCUGCUGCUCAUCAGGAGGAGAAGAGUAGAGAAGAAGGAGCCUCUGCUGCAGGACAACGACAUCAGAGACAACAUCUACUACUAUGACGAGGAGGGCGGCGGAGAGGAUGAUCAGGACUAUGACCUGAGCGUUCUCCACCGUGGUUUGGACAACCGGCCCGAGGUUUUCAGGAACGAUGUGGUGCCAAACUUCAUGCCGGCUCCUCAGUACCGGCCUCGCCCCGCCAACCCAGAGGACAUUGGCAACUUCAUUGAUGACAACCUGAAGGCAGCUGACAACGACCCAACGGCGCCCCCCUACGACUCCCUGCUGGUGUUUGACUAUGAGGGCGGCGGCUCAGACGCGGGAAGCCUCUCCUCUCUGAACUCGUCGAGCAGCGGUGACCAGGACUAUGACUGCCUCAACGAGUGGGGGCCCCGCUUCAAGAAACUGGCCGACAUGUACGGAGGAGGAGAGGACGACAUGCUGUAAACGUAACAAAGAACAAACGAUAUGUAAAGGUGGAUGCACGCGUGGCUGUGUGAAUGAAAGAGUGAUGUAAGCAUGAACUGAUAAAUGAAUGCAUCCCAGGGAAGCUGGUCUCAGACAUCAGUAGACCUCAGAUGUUGUAUUUCUUUGUUCCAAUGAGUUAACAGCCACUACUCAAAGCCAGAGGAUGUUUUUAUUUUUGUACAGGAGUUCCUGUUUUGAAUGCUGAAGCUGUCUGUCUGUCUCUUACAUCCCUGUUUGACUUUAGGCCAAAGACUAAAAAUACUUUGUGUUUAUUUCUGGAGACACGUCUUCAGUCUCCAUGUUGAUUUUUUGGAUUUGAUACUUUAGCCUGCCUUUCAGUUUACUGGGACACACUGAACACAGACACACAUGCUUACAGUUGCACUGGUAACGUUUGUAAUUUUGGUUAAGUGCAGUACUUUUGUUCUGUGUAGUUUACAGUACUGCUCCAGUUAUUGUUGUUGUUCUGUACUUCUGUUUGAAAUAAGAGAUGAUGAAGUUGAAAUCCAGGUAGCCAGCCAAGGCCAGGGUGUGGUCAAUGAGUUAUCAAUAAAUGCUUUUUAAAAAUGA